ACUCUCAUACACGUUAAAAACCAUACAACAAAGAAGAGUGGCAUUGCUUAAAAAACAGUCAGAUCAAUAAUGGGACCUGCAACUUAUGAGAAUCACUAUCCACCGCCCAAUAUGAAGAAGUUUGGCUAUGAUGCUCCUGAAGGAGUUGAAAUUAGAGGCAGAUAUGACGGAGAGUUUGCAGUGAUCCUUACCAAGGAUGCUUUGCAAUUUGUUGCUGAUUUGCAGAGAGAGUUUAGGAACCGCAUCAAGUAUGCAAUGGAGUGUCGCAAGGAAGCCAAAAGGAGGUACAGUGAGGGGGCUUUACCAGGGUUUGAUCCAGCUACAAGGUACAUAAGGGAGGGGGAGUGGACAUGUGCACCUGUCCCUCCAGCUGUUGCUGAUAGGAAGGUGGAGAUUACAGGUCCAGUGGAGAGGAAAAUGAUCAUCAAUGCACUCAAUUCUGGAGCUAAAGUUUUCAUGGCUGACUUUGAAGAUGCACUGUCACCAAGUUGGGAGAACCUUAUGAGAGGACAAGUUAACCUGAAGGACGCUGUCGCUGGGACUAUUACCUUUCACGACAAGGUCAGGAACAGGGUUUAUAAGCUGAAUAACCAGACAGCCAAGUUGUUUGUCCGCCCACGAGGUUGGCAUCUACCUGAGGCGCACAUUCUCAUUGAUGGAGAACCAGCAACUGGUUGCCUUGUGGACUUUGGCCUUUACUUUUACCACAACUAUGCAGCAUUCCGUCGGAUUCAGGGUGCAGGGUUCGGGCCUUUCUUCUAUCUCCCUAAGAUGGAGAAUUCAAGGGAGGCUAAGAUAUGGAACUGUGUGUUCGAGAAAGCAGAGAAGAUGGCAGGAAUUGAAAGGGGAAGCAUCAGGGCCACUGUCCUAAUCGAAACACUUCCAGCUGUUUUCCAAAUGAAUGAAAUCCUCUACGAACUAAGGGAUCACUCUGUUGGCUUGAACUGCGGAAGAUGGGAUUACAUCUUCAGCUAUGUCAAGACAUUCCAGGCUCACCCAGAUCGCCUGCUACCAGACAGGGUUCAAGUUGGCAUGACUCAGCACUUCAUGAAGAGUUACUCUGAUCUCCUCAUCUGGACAUGCCAUAGGCGUGGUGUCCAUGCGAUGGGCGGCAUGGCAGCUCAGAUUCCAAUCAGAGACGAUCCAGAGGCGAAUAAUGAAGCACUAGAACUCGUGCGAAAGGACAAGCUAAGAGAGGUUCGAGCAGGACAUGAUGGAACAUGGGCAGCCCACCCUGGACUUAUCCCAGCUUGCAUGGAAGUCUUCUCAAACAACAUGGGAAACACGCCAAACCAAAUCCAGUCCAUGAAGCGCGAAGAUGCAUCAACCAUUACAGAGGAAGACCUCUUACAGAGGCCAAGAGGGUCCCGUUCGUUGGAAGGUCUCCGCCUAAACACCCGUGUAGGAAUCCAGUACUUAGCAGCAUGGCUAACUGGAACUGGCUCAGUCCCUCUUUACAACCUCAUGGAAGACGCUGCCACUGCAGAAAUCAGCAGAGUUCAGAACUGGCAAUGGCUUAAAUAUGGAGUGGAACUUGACGGAGAUGGCCUUGGAGUGAAAGUUAACAAUGAUCUGUUCGGGAAAGUGGUGGAAGAGGAAAUGGCUAGGAUUGAAAGGGAAGUUGGGAAAGAGAAAUUCAAGAGGGGAAUGUACAAGGAGGCCUGCAAGAUUUUCGCAAGGCAAUGCACAGCACCUACACUGGAUGAUUUUCUUACCCUGAAUGCUUAUGAUAAUAUCGUCAUCCAUCACCCUAUGGGAUCAUCAUCCCGCCUCUAAGUCAUGAGUUUCAUCGCUUGUUUUUAAUUUCCUGGGAUUGAUGUGUGCCCUCGUGUUCUACUCUACUACUACAACUUGAAUAAAAUCCUUUCUAUCUGUUUGAACUUAAGUUCCACC